AUGGGGCGGCUGCCCUUGGAUGACGUGCUCCACAUGCUUGGUUUUCAGGUAGCUUCCAAAUGUUGGUGUUGCUCUCAUCCGUCGGUCGAGUCUUUUGAACAUGUUUUUUCGACGGGUCAGGUUGCAGAGGUAGUCUGGGAGUUUUUUGAGGGGCUGUGUGGCAUCUCUAGUUCAGUUCCGUAUGUACGGGCCUCGCUUCUUGGUGGUUGGCCUCACCCAGAUCGAAGAGACGGCAAGCUAUCUACCAUAUUCUGCCGAGCCUUAUCUGCUGGCAUCUUUGGAAGGCGAGGAAUCGUGCAGUUUUUGAAGGUAUUUCAGCUGCAAUCCAAUUCAAUUUGUCAGGCUAUCUUUCGGGAGACUAAGGUUUUGCUUGAAGGUCAGCUCAAGGAGCGGGUUGAGCCCCAGUCAUUCUUGCAGUUGUGUGAAUGGGCAUCUCAGUCACGUGGGAGUUUUGGUUUUAAAUUGGUUUGUUGGAAACCAGCUAUAGAGGGGGAGUUCACCCUGAACACGGAUGGCUGCUCCAAGGCUAGAGGUGGAUUUUCAUACUUCAUUACCUUCACAGAUGAUCAUUCUAGAUAUGGAUAUGUGUAUUUAAUGAAAUACAAAUCUGAAUCUUUUGAAAAGUUUAAAGAAUUCAGAAAUGAAGUAGCGAAACAAAUAGGUAAAAGUAUUGUGACACUACGAUCUGAUCGCGGUGGAGAAUACUUAAGUGAUGAGUUUCGAGUUUAUUUGAAGGAUAAUGGAAUAGUUCCACAAUGGACUCCUCCAGGUACACCACAGUUAAAUGGCGUGUCUGAAAGGAGAAACCGCUAUUAG